ACGCUAGGUGAUGGUUCACUGCAUCGGAACUACCUUGAUGUAGUAGGUGUUGUAUCGUACAGUGCAAUACAUACCUAGCGAUGAUGGCAUAUUGGCGGUCGGACUAGUGCAUUGCCUAAUGUCCAGGGGCAGAGAGGCUUGGAAUGUUUUGCCAUACGGCAUCUAUACCGGCCGAGAGGAGCUGGCUCGGUUUGCGAAUCCUCUUGUUUGUUGUAGCUCCAUCUGGUGAGGGGCAUUUUCCCCUCAGCCCUAUGGGGGAGGCCCAAGGACAACUUUCGGCGGCAGCACCGAGCGACGCAAAACAGCAGGCCGACGGGAGAGGUUUCUUGGCAUGCAUUCAAGACCUACACUACUCCGUACCAGGAAGGCUCCCUUCCGAGCCGUAUUGGAUACUUGACCUUGUUGCUUUUCUGCAAGACCUGUACAUGCGAGUGCGAGACUGGACUUGGACUACGAGAAAGUGUGACCUUGGAACCCAUCACCAUCGAUUGGCAAGUCCAAGAGACAGCCAAGAUGGUCCAAGGAGGAGGAAGAGGCCACCACCACCACCACCACCACGAGUGCACAUCACAUCACAGUACACUAUGCCACACCGCCAAAGCAAAAGCCGGCAUCCAUCCCUCAGCCCUCUCAGCAUGCGGGUAGGCGACCCAUCGUAGCCCAAACAAGAUCUGUAUCCCGACAUUCAGUCAUUGGAGAGAGACGGGGCGGGCAGUAGCACCCGCUCACAUCUCUCCAGUCUCCACCAAUUCGAAAUCGCGGUCUUCACCCAACUUG